GUGCUCUGAUUCCACCUUUUUCUUAGAGUAAAAUGCAUUACGAAUUUUAUGCUGUAUAGAUUUCAGUUUGUCGUGUUAGCUGUCAUAAUGAGUGCUUGUACGCUGCCAGGUUGGAGAAGGAGAUGACGGACCCGAGGCGAUAUAUGGUCUGGGAGCGGCAGGACGAGUGGCGUGAGCAGGACCAGGUGAGGAUCGGACAGCUCUCGGAGAUCACACUGGACCGUCCACCACCAGCGAGAACAAAUAAGCUCAGCGGCUGCUGGGGAGUGCUACAGAAUGCCUUGUGCCUUGGACGGAGGGAAAGGAGCGACAGGGCACUAGAGCAGAGAUGGAGAGAGGAGAUAAGGCUGCGGGAGGUGAGGAGGAGGAGUGAGGAGGAGCUGAAGGAGUUUGAGAGGUUGGAGCAGAGGAAGAUCCAGAGGCAGCGGAAGCAGGCGAGACAGCGGAAGCAGGCGAGGCUGCAGAAGAAGGAGAGGAGGAGAGAGCAGCAGGAGCAGAGGGCCCAGCAGGAGCAGAGGGACCACGAAGGUGAGGAGGAGCUGAGGGAGUUUGAGAGGUUGGAGCAGAGGAAGAUCCAGAGGCAGCGGAGACAGGCGAGGCUGCAGAAGCAGGAGAGGAUAAGGGAGCAGGAGAGGAGGAGGGAGCAGCAGGAGCAGAGGGCCCAGCAGGAGAUGAUAAGGGAGCAGGAGAGGAGGAGAGAGCAGCAGGAGAGGAGGAGAGAGCAGCAGGAGCAGAGGGCCCAGCAGGAGCAGAGGGACAAAGAGUUUAAGGAAAUGGAAAUGAUCAUGGCGCAACUGAGGGCAGAUCUGAAUGAGUGUGCACGAUUACCAGAGCAGUCCCCGGAGCUGCCAUACUUGAGGAAGGACGAGAUAAAGGAAAGAGGUGUAGAGCUGAGCAGAGAGAGAGAGUUCCAAGUGAAGGAAAUAGAGAGCGAGAGAGAGAAGAAGCAGUUGAGAAGGAGAAUUGAAGAAAUAGAAAGAGAUAUUGAGUUUGGGAAACAGGAAGAGCAAAGAAGAGAAAUGGAUCACAUGAAAGAAAUGGAGAGAUUGAUGGCAAGGAUUGAAGAGCCGGAAAUUGAGGCAGAGGCCAAAAUAAAGGAAAGAGGAGUAGAGGAGCUCAGCAGAGAGAGAGAUAUCCAAGUGAAGGAAAUAGAGAGCGAUAGAGAGAAGAAGCAGUUGAGAAGGAGAAUUGAAGAAAUAGAAAGAGAUAUUGAGUUUCAGAAACAGGAAGAGCAAAGAAGAGAAAUGGAUCACAUGAAGGAAAUGGAGAGAUUGAUGGCAAGGAUUGAAGAGCCGGAAAUUGAGGCAGAGGCCAAGAGGCAGCGAGAAACAGAAAAAGAGGAGGUGAGAAGGAGACGGGCAGAAAAAGAGGAGCUUCAGAGAGAGAUGGAAUGGAUGCAGGAGAUGGAAAGAGAGAAAAAGAUAGAGAAACAAAAACAGUUGGAGAAGGAGAUGGAGCAGAAACUGAGAAAGAUGGAGAAAGACCUUCAAGAAAAGCAGAGACAACUGGAAGAAAAAAUGGAAGAAAGCAAGACACUCAUAGAACUGGAAGUGGAAAAGGAGCGUGGCGCUGAGAAGAUGGUAGAAGAAAGAGUCAGGCACAGAAACUUUGAGGAAAAGAAAACAAAGGAGCAAAAGAUGCUUGAAGAACAACUGGGAGAGAGAGAGAAACAGUGUGAAAAAUAUCAACAGAAAAUCCUGCAAAUGGAGAGAGAGCUUGAAGAACAGCAAAUGAUAUCUCAGGCACAGAAAAGAGAGAUGCUGAAGAAGAGAGAGAUGGAACUAGAGAGAGCAAAUGAAGAGAACAGGAGGAGAGAGUUUGAUAGAGCAGCAUGUGAAAAGCAGAAAGAGUUGGAGAUGAUGGAACAUCAAGAGGAACUCCUGCAGAUGGAGAGAGUCAUGGCUGAAACACAGCAGAGAGAGAUGCUGCAACAGAAAGAGAUGGAGCUGGAGAGGGCAUUGGAAGAGAACAAGAGAGGAAAGAUUGAGAGAGAACAAAAUGAAAAGCAGAAAGAGUUGGAGAUGAUGGAAUAUCAAGAGGAAGCCCUGCAGAUGGAGAGAGAGUUCAAUAAACAGCGAGACAUGGCUGAAUCACAGCAGAGAGAGAUGCUGCAACAGAAAGAGAUGGAGCUGGAGAGGGCACUGGAAGAGAAAAGGAGAAGAAAGAUUGAGAGAGAACAAAAUGAAAGGCAAAAGGAGUUAGAGAUGAUGGCUGAAGAACAACAGAAAGAGCUAGAAAGACUGCAGCAUGAAGAGGAGCAGCAAAAUAUUAUGAAAGCGAAGUUCGAUAAAGAGAAAGAAAUGGAGAAGAAACUACAAGAGAUGCAGGCAAGAAUUGAGAAGGACAAAGAGAUGGAACUAUGUCGAGUUGAGGAAAAGGUGAAGAAAGCUGAGAAGCAACAUGAGGACGAAUGGAAACACAAAGUUCAAGAGAUGGAGAAAGAUCUUGCAAAGAAAAGAAAUCUGGCAAACAAACAAGAAAUGGAGAUCAGAGAGGUGGAGUCCAGGGGAGGAGAGAUGGUGGAUGAACUGAAAGAGUGUGAGAAAGCAGAAGCAGAUCCAGGGUACAAACUGAAACAAACAGGGGUACCUGAGAAGAAGGCUGAGGAUGGACAACAGGAAGAGAAGGAAAAGAGAGAAGCAGAGAUGGAGAAAAGGAUGGUGCAUGAGAAAAAGAUAGAAAUGGUGGAGCAGAGGAAAGGUGAGAUGGUGAGUGGACCUGGUAAUACUGGAAAGGAUGUAGGGGGCCAGGCAGUAGACCAAAAGCAGAAUGCAACAGAGAAUGUUCAACAACAGGAGCUAAAUCAACCCGUGAAACAGCCAGUGGUCAUGAGGAAAACACAGGGUGAGGCAGGCAAACAGGAAGUUGGUUACCAGCUGCAGCCAAAGGUGGAGGCGGAUAAAGUAGUUUACACAGAGGCAGGGAAACGAGAAAACGAAAUAAGAAAGCGGAGAACAGAGGAUGAGAGGAUUGACGCCUACAGACAGAGGGUUUUGGAAGAGAAUAGGAGACUAAAGCAGGAGCGUGAGGAGAGACGCAAGGAGCGGGAGAAAGAGCAGGAGAUUCAGCGCCAGAAGGACGAGGAAGUGAGGAGGUGGGUGGGGGACCCCGAGGGCUGGCGCAAGCAUCAGAGAGAGAUGGAGAUUAAGCAGGAGGACGAGAAAAUGCGUCAGCUGGAGCUGAAGUGGGCGAAGCAGGCAAGGGAGAUGGAGGAGAGGAGGCGCAAGGAGAUGGCCCAAGAUGAGGAGGCGCGGAGGCAGAUGAUGGAGAUAAAGCAGAGGCGAGAGAGGGAGAGGCAGCAGGAGCUGGAGAGACAGAGAGAGCUGGAGAGAGAGAGACAGAUGGAGAUGGAGAAACAGGCAGAGCUGGAAAAACAGGCAGACAUGGAGAGACAAAUGGAGAUGGACAGACAGGCAGAGCUGGAGAGGCAGACGGAGGAAGAGAGACAGAGGGAAUUGGAUAAACAGAAACUCUUGGAGAGCAUCAUAGCGACAGAGAAAAAGAAAAUUCUGCUGUCCCUUGAAGAUGAGACGGACAACAUUGUUAGGGGGGAUUGCACAGUGACUGCAGAGAAGACAAAGGAGGCUGAGGGGAAUGACUCAAAGGAUAACAAGGAUCAAAGUAAGGGGAAGAAGCUGGUGGGUUGGCUUUCUGCGAAAGUCCUUGGAGCUGGCCUAAAAAUCAUACAGUUGGAGAAGGAGAUGACGGACCCGAGGCGAUACAUGGUCUGGGAGCGGCAGGACGAGUGGCGUGAGCAGGACCAGGUGAGGAUCCGACAGCUCUCGGAGAUCACACUGGACCGUCCACCACCAGCGAGAACAAAUAAGCUCAGCGGCUGCUGGGGAGUGCUACAGAAUGCCUUGAGUGAGGAGGAGCUGAAGGAGUUUGAGAGGUUGGAGCAGAGGAAGAUCCAGAGGCAGCGGAAGCAGGCGAGACAGCGGAAGCAGGCGAGGCUGCAGAAGAAGGAGAGGAGGAGAGAGCAGCAGGAGCAGAGGGCCCAGCAGGAGCAGAGGGACCACGAGUUUAAGGAAAUGGAAAUGAUCAUGGCGCAACUGAGGGCAGACCUGAAUGAGUGUGCACCAUUACCAGAGCAGUCCCCGGAGCUGCCAUACUUGAGGAAGGACGAGAUAGAGGAAAGAGGUGAGGAGGAGCUGAGGGAGUUUGAGAGGUUGGAGCAGAGGAAGCUCCAGAGGCAGCGGAAGCAGGCGAGGCUGCAGAAGCAGGAGAGGAUAAGGGAGCAGGAGAGGAGGAGGGAGCAGCAGGAGCUGAGGGCCCAGCAGGAGAUGAUAAGGGAGCAGGAGAGGAGGAGAGAGCAGCAGGAGCAGAGGGCCCAGCAGGAGCAGAGGGCCCAGCAGGAGCAGAGGGACAAAGAGUUUAAGGAAAUGGAAAUAAUCAUGGCGCAACUGAGGGUAGAUCUGAAUAGGUGUGCACGAUUACCAGAGCAGUCCCCGGAGCUGCCAUACUUGAGGAAGGACGAGAUAAAGGAAAGAGGUGUAGAGCUGAGCAGAGAGAGAGAGUUCCAAGUGAAGGAAAUAGAGAGUGAGAGAGAGAAGAAGCAGUUGAUAAGGAGAAUUGAAGAAAUAGAAAGAGAUAUUGAGUUUGGGAAACAGGAAGAGCAAAGAAGAGAAAUGGAUCACAUGAAAGAAAUGGAGAGAUUGAUGGCAAGGAUUGAAGAGCCGGAAAUUGAGGCAGAGGCCAAAAUAAAGGAAAGAGGAGUAGAGGAGCUCAGCAGAGAGAGAGAUAUCCAAGUGAAGGAAAUAGAGAGCGAGAGAGAGAAGAAGCAGUUGAGAAGGAGAAUUGAAGAAAUAGAAAGAGAUAUUGAGUUUGGGAAACAGGAAGAGCAAAGAAGAGAAAUGGAUCACAUGAAAGAAAUGGAGAGAUUGAUGGCAAGGAUUGAAGAGCCGGAAAUUGAGGCAGAUGCCAAAAUAAAGGAAAGAGGAGUAGAGGAGCUCAGCAGAGAGAGAGAUAUCCAAGUGAAGGAAAUAGAGAGCGAUAGAGAGAAGAAGCAGUUGAGAAGGAGAAUUGAAGAAAUGGAAAGAGAUAUUGAGUUUGGGAAACAGGAAGAGCAAAGAAGAGAAAUGGAUCACAUGAAGGAAAUGGAGAGAUUGAUGGGAAGGAUUGAAGAGCCGGAAAUUGAGGCAGAGGCCAAGAGGCAGCGAGAAACAGAAAAAGAGGAGGUGAGAAGGAGACGGGCAGAAAAAGAGGAGCUUCAGAGAGAGAUGGAAUGGAUGCAGGAGAUGGAAAGAGAGAAAAAGAUAGAGAAACAAAAACAGUUGGAGAAGGAGAUGGAGCAGAAACUGAGAAAGAUGGAGAAAGACCUUCAAGAAAAGCAGAGACAACUGGAAGAAAAAAUGGAAGAAAGCAAGACACUCAUAGAACUGGAAGUGGAAAAGGAGCGUGGCGCUGAGAAGAUGGUAGAAGAAAGAGUCAGGCACAGAAACUUUGAGGAAAAGAAAACAAAGGAGCAAAAGAUGCUUGAAGAACAACUGGGAGAGAGAGAGAAACAGUGUGAAAAAUAUCAACAGAAAAUCCUGCAAAUGGAGAGAGAGCUUGAAGAACAGCAAAUGAUAUCUCAGGCACAGAAAAGAGAGAUGCUGAAGAAGAGAGAGAUGGAACUAGAGAGAGGAAAUGAAGAGAACAGGAGGAGAGAGUUUGAUAGAGCAGCAUGUGAAAAGCAGAAAGAGUUGGAGAUGAUGGAACAUCAAGAGGAAGCCCUGCAGAUGGAGAGAGAGUUCAAUAAACAGCGAGACAUGGCUGAAGCACAGCAGAGAGAGAUGCUGCAACAGAAAGAGAUGGAGCUGGAGAGGGCAAUGGAAGAGAAAAGGAGAAGAAAGAUUGAGAGAGAACAAAAUGAAAAGCAGAAAGAGUUGGAGAUGAUGGAAUAUCAAGAGGAAGCCCUGCAGAUGGAGAGAGAGUUCAAUAAACAGCGAGACAUGGCUGAAGCACAGCAGAGAGAGAUGCUGCAACAGAAAGAGAUGGAGCUGGAGAGGGCAAUGGAAGAGAAAAGGAGAAGAAAGAUUGAGAGAGAACAAAAUGAAAAGCAGAAAGAGUUAGAGAUGAUGGAAUAUCAAGAGGAAGCCCUGCAGAUGGAGAGAGAGUUCAAUAAACAGCGAGACAUGGCUGAAGCACAGCAGAGAGAGAUGCUGCAACAGAAAGAGAUGGAGCUGGAGAGGGCACUGGAAGAGAAAAGGAGAAGAAAGUUUGAGAGAGAACAAAAUGAAAGGCAAAAGGAGUUAGAGAUGAUGGCUGAAGAACAACAGAAAGAGCUAGAAAGACUGCAGCAUGAAGAAGAGCAGCAAAAGAUUAUGAAAGCGAAGUUCGAUAAAGAGAAAGAAAUGGAGAAGAAACUACAAGAGAUGCAGGCAAGAAUUGAGAAGGACAAAGAGAUGGAACUAUGUCGAGUUGAGGAAAAGGUGAAGAAAGCUGAGAAGCAACAUGAGGACGAAUGGAAACACAAAGUUCAAGAGAUGGAGAAAGAUUUUGCAAAGAAAAGAAAUCUGGCAAACAAACAAGAAAUGGAGGUCAGAGAGGUGGAGUCCAGGGGAGGAGAGAUGGUGGAUGAACUGAAAGAGUGUGAGAAAGCAGAAGCAGAUCCAGGGUACAAACUGAAACAAACAGGGGUACCUGAGAAGAAGGCUGAGGAUGGACAACAGGAAGUGAAGGAAAAGAGAGAAGCAGAGAUGGAGAAAAGGAUGGUGCAUGAGAAAAAGAUAGAAAUGGUGGAGCAGAGGAAAGGUGAGAUGGUGAGUGAACCUGGUAAUACUGGAAAGGAUGUAGGGGGCCAGGCAGUAGACCAAAAGCAGAAUGCAACAGAGAAUGUUCAACAACAGGAGCUAAAUCAACCCGUGAAACAGCCAGUGGUCAUGAGGAAAACACAGGGUGAGGCAGGCAAACAGGAAGUUGGUUACCAGCUGCAGCCAAAGGUGGAGGCGGAUAAAGUAGUUUACACAGAGGCAGGGAAACGAGAAAACGAAAUAAGAAAGCGGAGAACAGAGGAUGAGAGGAUUGACGCCUACAGACAGAGGGUUUUGGAAGAGAAUAGGAGACUAAAGCAGGAGCGUGAGGAGAGACGCAAGGAGCGGGAGAAAGAGCAGGAGAUUCAGCGCCAGAAGGACGAGGAAGUGAGGAGGUGGGUGGGGGACCCCGAGGGCUGGCGCAAGCAUCAGAGAGAGAUGGAGAUUAAGCAGGAAGACGAGAAAAUGCGUCAGCUGGAGCUGAAGUGGGCGAAGCAGGCAAGGGAGAUGGAGGAGAGGAGGCGCAAGGAGAUGGCCCAAGAUGAGGAGGCGCGGAGGCAGAUGAUGGAGAUAAAGCAGAGGCGAGAGAGGGAGAGGCAGCAGGAGCUGGAGAGACAGAGAGAGCUGGAGAGAGAGAGACAGAUGGAGAUGGAGAAACAGGCAGAGCUGGAAAAACAGGCAGACAUGGAGAGACAAAUGGAGAUGGACAGACAGGCAGAGCUGGAGAGGCAGACGGAGGAAGAGAGACAGAGGGAAUUGGAUAAACAGAAACUCUUGGAGAGCAUCAUAGCGACGGAGAAAAAGAAAAUUCUGCUGUCCCUUGAAGAUGAGACGGACAACAUUGUUAGGGGGGAUUGCACAGUGACUGCAGAGAAGACAAAGGAGGCUGAGGGGAAUGACUCAAAGGAUAACAAGGAUCAAAGUAAGGGGAAGAAGCUGGUGGGUUGGCUUUCUGCGAAAGUCCUUGGAGCUGGCCUAAAAAUCAUACAGCUCUAAAGGCACAGGAAGGAUAUAGAUGUUUGAGGUACUGAAAUGUUUUGGAUUAAAACAUUGACAUUUACUUUCUAUUACUCUGCAAUCCUGUAAGAGCUGUAUAUUAAUCUUACUGUGUUUCACGGUUAUUUUGACAGACUGCAUCAGAGGCUUUGAGAACCACAACAAGAAUAAACAAGAGGCCAAGGAGUCAACAAUCAACAAUCAUACUACAUUAUCGUCAUUACAUUACAUUUACAACCAUCACAAUUUGCACAUAAUCAGUAUUGCAUUUACUAUCAUUUCAUUAAAUGUAUACAUUACCAAUCUAAUUACAAUUAUUGUCAUAUUUAAAAUUGUAUUAAUAAUGUUUUGGGGUAAUUAUGUAUACAAGGUCCAUUUUAAAAAGACAAUGACAUGGAAGGACACCACUCAUCACUGGGCUCUAUCCAGUGGCCUUUUUCUUUUGCUUCAUGGUCAGAUUUGACCCCACACCUAAUUUCAGCGAUACAUACUUGAUGUAUACACGUUUACAUUAAAAUAAUGUAAUAAUUAGAAAUAAACUGAGAUUGAAUGGGUAAUGACAAAAUUACAUAUGAUAUCUGAGUUGUGACAGCAAGCAGACAAACUAAAUUGUAUUAUUUGAACUACGUAUAUACAUAUG